GGCUUUAUUUUCCUUUGCCCUAGAUUAUCGAGCGCGAUCGUCAUGGCUUCCUUCGGCGCACUCCAGGAGGAGGUUUUCGCUCGCCAGCAACGAAAGCAGCACUUCGAUUCAUACAUCAAGGGAUUGAAUGCUUACGAGCGGCACAAGAAGUUCAUGCGCGAUUAUGUGCACCAUUAUGGAGCUCCAUCGCAGCAGCCCAUCCGGCCGAUAAAAACCGAUGCAGACACUUUGCGAGAAACUUACAGAUUCAUACGCUCGGAAGAAGACGAUUCGGAAAGAAGCUGGGAGCAGCGGCUUGCUAAACGCUACUAUGACAAGCUUUUCAAGGAAUAUUGUUUAGCAGACAUGUCCCGCUACAAAGAAAGCAAGGUGGGCUUGAGGUGGCGGACUGAGAAAGAAGUCAUCGCUGGGAAAGGCCAGUUUAUCUGUGGAAACAAGGAUUGCAAUGCUAAGGAGGAGCUUUGCAGCUAUGAGGUGAAUUUUGUCUACAAGGAAGCUGGUGAAAGCAAGCAAGCACUGGUAAAAUUGCGGCUCUGUCCGGGCUGUGCGUACAAGCUUAACUACAAAAAGGAGAAGGAGAAGAAGCGGCAGAUGAGAAAGGAGCAGAAAGAAGAAACCAAGAAGAAAAGAAGAGUUUCAGAAGAGGAAGAAACUCCCGGAAGAGCUCCUCGCGGUGCUGAUCAAAACGUUGCUCAAGGCCCAUCCGAGGAGCGAGACAAAGACGAGUACGCCGAGUACUUCAAAGGCAUGUUUUCAUAGAAACUGGUUAACUGGCUAUUGUUUUUGCAUCACUGUACACUUGGAAGAAGAAAGAACCACCAAAAUUGGGUGGAAGAACAAGAAAAAAGAA